AUGCAUUUCUCCAAUUUUCUCACAUGCACUCUUCUCUCUGGAGUUUCAUCCGGCUUUGGUGUGCUCGUCAAGCGUGCGUCCUUGACUAAAGUCAGCAAUUGGGGCUCUAAUCCAGCUUCAUUGAACAUGUACAUCUAUGUGCCAAGCACUCUCGCAGCAUCUCCUGGUCUAGUUGUUGCCUGUCACGGUGCUUCUGGUAACGCGCAGCAGGAAUUUACUUCUACACCGUACGCUACUCUUGCUGAUCAACUUGGCUUUAUAGUUGUUUACCCAGAGUCACCUGUAGGGGCGUGGGAUGCAACUUCAAAAGCCUCAUUAACGCACAAUGGAGGUGGUGCGAGCCAGUCCAUCGCAAACAUGGCGAGCUACGCUAUCAGUACAUACAAAGUGAAUACUGCCAAAGUUGGCAACACCAUGGCCGGCGUCUACCCGGAUAUCUUCAAGUCUGCAGUGAUAUAUUCCGCUGGGUAUUCGGGCAACAUACGCAGCAUGUAUCCCAGCUGGACCGGGACAUAUCCCAAAGUGCAGACGUAUUUGGGAUCGCUGGACACUAUUAUUGGCUCAUCGUCGUUCAACACGACGCUUGCUGCUUGGGCUUCUGUGUUUGGCUACGACACAAUCCCGGAUACUGUGCAGCAAAAUACGCCAGUCAGUGGAUGGAUAACGUACGUGUACGGAUCUCAACUCCAAGGAACCUGGGCCGUUGGUGUUGGUCAUCCUGUUUCGGUUCAAGGGGCUCAAGAUGCGAAGUGGUUCGGCAUUGCUUGA